AUGAAGGAGGAAGAAAUAGUCAAGCAGUAUUCAGAUAGGAUUAUGGCUGUGGUAAAUAGCAUAAGGCUUCUUGGAGAGCAGUUCAGUGAAGCAAGAAUUGUGGAGAAAGUGACCUCAACCUUACCUGAGAGGUAUGAGGCAAAAAUAUCUUCCCUCGAAGACUCAAGGGACUUGACCAGCAUUUCAUUGACAGAGUUAAUCAAUGCUCUUUAUGCACAAGAGCAAAGAAGAGCCAGUAAACUGGAGGAGCACCAAGAACGUGCCUUCCAAGAAAAAACCAAACUGCCUCGAGCACCUCUACCUACAAAGCCAAAGGCUGAAGCUCGAGUAGCAGAAGAAGGAAGUGACCAUGAAGAGCAAGUUUUUUCAAUUUCAUGCUCAGCCACUAAAGAAAAGGCUUCAAAGGGUUGGCUCAUUGACAGUGGUUGCACCAAUCAUAUGACACCAGAUGCUGCCAUCUUCAAGUCAAUUGAUAGAAGCUUCAAAACAAAGGUGAAAGUAGGAAAUGACCACUUCAUCAAGAAAUCUCUGCUCAGCAUAGCUCAGCUACUAGAGAAAGGCUAUUCCGUUGUGUUCAAAGGCAAGGAGUGCCAAAUCGAUGAUCCAAAUGGAUCUAGGCUCAUGUCAGUCACUAUGGCUGAUAAAAGUUUUGUUGUUGACUGGACAAAUGACUUAAACUCAUCCUACAUAGCCUCAUCGGAUGAAUCUAAGCUUUGGCAUCAAAGGCUUGGUCAUGCCAACUUCUGA